CAUCGCUCCCGUCUCUUCGUCGGCCAUGAAGUCCGUUUUCGUUACGGUCGGCACCACCAGCUUCGACGAACUCAUCGCCGCCGUGACGACUCCCGAAGCGACUCAGGCUUUACAGGACCUUGGCUGUUGCAAGCUGGUCGUUCAGGUUGGCCGAGGCAAAGAAUGUCCAGAUUCAUUUAGCACAGCCACAUUUACUCUGGAAGUGUUCAGAUUCAAGAGUUCACUUUCUGAAGAUGUUAAAAAAGCAGAUCUGGUCAUAAGCCACGCAGGAGCAGGCAGCUGUUUGGAAGUUUUGGAAGCUGGGAAGCCUCUCCUGGUUGUAAUCAAUGACAAACUUAUGGACAACCAUCAAUUGGAAUUGGCCAGGCAGCUGCACAAAGAUGGACAUCUCUUUUACUGCACAAGCAGGACUCUUGUGGAGAUGCUCAAAUCAAUGGACUUGUCUACUCUGAAGCCAUUUCUUCCUGGACAACCAGAAAAAUUUGCUGCAUUCUUGGACAGUGUGAUUGGCAGUUCCUCGCCUGCUUGCUUCUCCCCUGCCUUGGCCAUGCAAAAGGGCUGGAAAAAGUACUUUGGCCAGAAGUCCCUCAGCGAGGUGACCAUGGAUGAGUACCUGGGCAGCCAGGGGCUGUACCGCAAGCUCACAGCCAAAGACGCCACUUGCCUCUUCCGGGCCAUUUCCGAGCAGGUUUAUGCUUGUCAGAUUCAUCACAUGGCAGUCAGAAAUGCUUGUGUUUCCUUCAUGAGGAAAAACCAGAUAAAUUUUGAGUCUUAUGUGGAAGGCUCAUUUGAAAAAUACUUGCAACGACUUGGAAAUCCCAAGGAAAGUGCUGGACAACUUGAGAUCAGUGCCUUCUCACUGAUCUAUAAUCGAGACUUCAUUCUUUAUCGGCACCCUGGAAAACCUGCUUCUUAUGCUACUGACAACGGCUUUGAGGAUAAGAUUCUGCUGUGCUGUUCUAGUAAUGGUCAUUAUGAUUCUGUGUAUACCAAACAAUUUCAAGCCAACGCUGCAAUCUGCCAGGCUGUCCUUUAUGAAAUUCUGUACAAAAAUGUCUUCAAAGUGGAUGAAGAAGAAUUGAAAACUGCCCUUGAGAUGUUUCGAAAUGGGGCUAAGAAAAACAGAAACAGUGCAUCUGUUGGCAGUGAAGAUGCAAAUUUUGAUUGCCUUCCUGACAGGGCAUCCAGAAAUGCUCCGGAAAAGAGAUUCGAAGAUUGGGUAAACUUUGAUUCGGCCCACCCAGCGGAGGAAAAAUGCAAGCAAGUCACAGAGGAAGGAAAGCCUCCUGAAAACCCAAGGAUGCCCUUUCCCUACAAAGUAUUGAAAGCCUUGGACCCCGAAAUCUAUCGGAAUAUAGAGUUUGAUGUUUGGCUGGAGAGCAGAAAAGAAUUUCAAAAAACAGAUUACUUGGUGUUUGCUGGAAGACAGUACUACUUAGGAGACAAAUGUCAGGUACGGCUAGAAACGGGGGGAAAAUAUUACAAUGCCCAUAUACAGGAUGUGGGACAGGAUAAUAUGGUGACUGUCUUCAUUGAAGAGCUGGCAGAGAAGCAUGUUGUUCCAUUGGUAAAUUUGAAGCCUGUGACCCAAGUCACUCCACUUCCUGCCUGGAAUGUGAUGUCCAACAGAAAAGGAGGAAGUUAUCAGAAGAUACCAGACAUGGACAUGAAAACACGGAAGAAACUGUUCAAGAAAGUGCAUGGAAAGGAAGUCUACAUGACUGUGGCUUACAACAGGGGCCACCCUGUCCUGCCACCUCGCCUGCAACACAGCAUCGCAUCAGAUCACUCAUCUUUGGUCCACUGCUCCCCAAAUGAGCAUAUAAAUCCAUAUGAUCAUUACCAUUUUCAGAAUUCACAGAGAUCUGGCCGGGGAUACGGAAUGACGAGGGGAUCUGCCCGAUUUAUAAACAGGAACAACAUCACUGGGCCAGAAAUAGCAUUUUACCCUAGUCCAGGAAAGAGAUGUUAUCAGAGCUAUGAUAACUUCUCAUAUAGAUCACGUUCAUACAGCCGUAGUCGCAGACAGAUGCAAUGUGUAAAUAAAGAGUGCCAGUACGGAUUUUCACCUGAGAAUGGGGAGGAACCUCCAGGUGUAGAAGAAACCAUGACUUUCUAUGAGAUUGAAGAAGGGGAUGAUGCAAAUUUUCCUGCUUUACCUAUUCGGGCUAACCCAACUCCGAUAGUUCCUGCUCCUGCAGGAUUCUGGGUGACAAGAAGGACUUCAAACUCCAUCCCGCCAAACAAGCCAGGGCUGAAUAAUUCAGAAGUAGUAGUAGAGGAACCAACUGAUACUGUGCACUUACCCUCUGCUUUUCAAGGAGAAUAUCAAGAAGAUUAUCUGUAUACUCCUCCAGAUCCAGAGUGCGAAACAACCACAGUAUUUAAUGCACCUGAAUCUACUGCAAAUUUGGAUGCAGGAGCAAAUUGUGUCUCUUCUCAGGAAGCAGCUACCUCCUACAGUUACUCUCAGAAGGUCAUGGUAAAUUCUGCCAUUAUAUCCAGCUCUUCCUGUGUGAAUACAGCUCCAGCCGCCAUUUUCUCUUCCAGCUGCAGUGCUUCAACUCAAGUCACUAUCACUGCAUCUACCCCCCAGAAUGCUGUGCCACCGAUCUUAGUAACCUCUUCUGUGGGAAGGCCAGUGGUGUCAGUGUAUCAGUCAUCUCCCCUUCCUCCUGUCAAUGAUGUGGGGGAAAAUGGCAGUAUUACACCCCCUUAUUCUUGUGAUCCGAGCGGAAGUGACCUGCCUAGAGAUCCAAAGGUUUUGCAGUAUUAUUUUAAUUUGGGCUUGCAGUAUUACCACCAGGCCUGUUGGAACCCCGUGAUGUAUGUACAGCAACCACCGUCACCACCACCUCAUGUGGAAACCUACCAGACCUAUUCAGAGCAAGUCUCUGUGGUUGAUUCAUCAGCGCCUCUGCCUUACAACGACGUAGGGAGGAACGAUCUGCGCCAGAUGCCUGCAGACUCCUCAUCAACCGAUGCCUUAGCCAUCCCAGAAUCCUCUUCACCACCUUCUGGAAGCAUCUAUUACCCUGUGGUAACAGACACAUACACCCCGUCACCUGUUCCAGGAUACGAAUCUUGCGUCUCAUUUGUGCCUGCGUACCACUGUGUCGGUUCUUGGUAUCCAGUCAGUGCAUCCUAUGGGAACUCAGCCCGAAUACAUAACAAUGUUAAUCCCAGCCAUUUCCAUCAGGUUAGCUAUGUCACCUCAUCCAAUCCGCAACCACAUUUUGUAGCUCAAAACAUGUAGAUUCAGAAGGAUCAAGUCCGGGAGUCUUCCGCUACUUGGAACUAUAAUUCCCAGAAUGCCGUGGCACACCCAACUGCCUAGAAGGUAUACUAAACCAGCAGUCUCCAACCUUGGCAACUUUUGAGAUUUGUGGACUUCAAGUCGCAGAAUUUCCCAGCCAGAACAUGAAUUCUGGGAAUUGAAAUCCACAAGUCUUAAAGUGGCCAAGUUUGGAGAUGCCUGAUCUAAAGGUUACCCACAACUCUUCCUGAUUUACGUUGGUUGGUUCAUUUCUUGUCCUUCUACCAUUUGCUAACCAUGUUGUGGUUUUUUUUUUUUUCGUGUUUUGUUUCAAUGUUGAUUUGUAUUUGUGGUGGGGGAAGGGUGCAGUCUUUAGCACUUUAGUACUAUGGACAAUGCUGUAAAGUUAAAUUUCGUUGGGAUAUUGCUGCAUCAAGAGAGCAUCUAAUGCAUUCAGAGGAUUUUCGUUUAAAUUAUUGGCAUUUUCUGCAUCACAAUAAUAAUGUUCAUUAAGUCAUUAGCUAAAUGGCUUAACUCUGUAAUGCUAUUGUUUAUCAGUUUUCAUGACUCUUGACUCUAAGGGCAUCAUUUCCUCUUUUAAUACAAAGGCAACAACAAUGGAAGAGAAUGUUUGACAUUAGAAAUUUGGACCAUUUAAUGUUACUGAUGCCACUCUUCCUUGAUCGUAAUACCUUUCCACAGUAUGUUUGGUUUAAAAGACAAAGUCUUAUUGACUGUUUUCUUUCUUUAGUCUGCGCUUCUGAAAGUGAAGACUUAGGCCUACUCAGACCUACUAUUGUUGUCUGAAUUCUGUCCGUAAAAACAAUUUGCACAAAUGGUGGUAAAAUUGUGAGGGAGGUUUACAAAUUUGGCACCAAGAGCACUAAAUAAAUUUAAAAAGCACAAA